CGGCGAUUGUGGGUGGAUGCGGCAAAGGGCUCUGUGGUCCGACAGUAUUUUAUUUCCUCCCUUCGCGCGGCCUGCCGUGACUGCCACGCCUGACUGCAUAGCUUGACAGCGCCAUCGGCGCUGAACGCAAACACACUUGUCACUUGCGUCAUGUGUCACAGCUGACGUUGCCCGGCUCGCGGCGAUGCGAUGAGGGCGACGACGAAGAGACGGCCACUGCGGCCACUGAUUCCUUUCACGAGGGGAGCAGUCCGCUUCCACAGGAGCUUUUUUCUUCUUCCUCAAACGCUACCUGGCACGCCCUUGUCGCGAUUAGAAAACGGCGCACAUCUGUGAUUCAUGUUGAUACAACCGAAUGUCCAAUCCGCCGCGACCAAAACCGCAGAGCAUGGCGUGUACGAAGCGAUUGCUGGCUGUCCUCGUGUUUUUUGUGCUCGCGUUACUAUAUGUGGCGAGCAUCGACGAUUCGUCCCAGCAAGAACAGAUGUGGCCUGCCGAAGUUUACGACGCCUCGGCGGACACUGUACCCAACGACGAACACCGCCACCUCAUGUACUUCGUUCAGGUCACUGACACGCAUCUAAGUGGCUCCGUACCGCAGCGUGCAGUGCAAUUGAAGGAAUUCAUUGCUGAAACCAUAAUGAAAAUCAUCAAGCCACCUGUUAUAGUAAUGACAGGUGACAUAGUAGACUCUCUGGGUGCUCGUUUCCUGGACUCUGGUCAGAUGCGCGAGGAGUGGCAACAAUACUGGCGAGCCAUCUAUGAAACCGGUGUUACACGCAAGCAUAUCUGGUUGGAUAUUCGAGGAAAUCAUGAUAAUCUGAAUCUUGCUUCUGUGGAACACGAGCACAACUUUUACAGGGUGUACUCUGUGCAAGGACGGCAACAUUUGCAUUCGUAUUCCUACACCCACCAUGAUGGUGGUGAUCGCUACACAUUUAUUGGCAUUGAUACCUGCACUGAUCCCGGUGUCAAGCGACCGUUCAACUUCAUCGGCUCUCUGCCCCAGGCUGAACUGAGCAGCUUGCAGCGCAUUCGAGAGGAGACACGGGGAAGCAACAUGACCAUCUGGUUUGGUCAUCACCCAACGCGCAGUGUGUCUUCUGAGGAAAUCCACGAGCUGCUCAGGUUUGGUGGCCCAUACCUGUGUGGCCACUACCACAGUCUGCUGGGUUUCUUCCGAGGCAUGUAUGCGCUGCAGCCAUCGGGGUUCCUCGAGCUAGAACUGGCCGAUUGGAAGACCGGUCGCCUGUUCCGGGUUGCAGCAGUGGACCAUGGUCUGUUCAGUUUUGUGGAUGUACGUUUCCGUGAGUGGCCCAUAAUCCUUGUUACAAAUCCAAAGAGCGCUGUGAUGGCCAUGCCUUCUGUGGAGCCAUUGCAACGCAUUACCCAUUCUACUCACAUCAGGGCCCUGGUGUUCUCGCCCGUGCCAGUGUCAGAGGUGCGCUGCAGUGUGGACAACAGCCAUUGGCAGCCCCUGAAGCAGGUUGCCGAGGGUCCCUUGUGGGUCGCUCCAUGGGACACCAAGGAGAUCUCGCCAGGGCUGCACACUCUUGUGGUGCAGGCCAUGGACCAUGAAGGAGUCUGGUCGGAGGCUUAUGUGGUGACCUUCUCGGUGGAUGGCGCCCUGCCCGCCCAUGAUGUGGCCAUGCGCAUCCUUCUACAGGGCGGCAUCAGAGCGUUGCGGUUCCUGUUUGUCGUGAUCAUCCUAGCAUGUGUGCUGCCACUGUGCUGGAUCAAGGCAGUCCAGACGUCAACAUGGUUGGGUCCUCCUGACCUCAGUCCAGGUCGUCGUCUGUGCUGUGGCUGCUUCACCCGAAACCUUCACCUGCUGGUCUCGGUGGACGUGCUCUUCUGGCCAUUGGUCGCCCUGCCUCUCUACGUGGCCAUAGGACCAUGGUUUGUGGGUGAGAUGGUGGAGGGCCACUUGGGUGCCUGCUUUGUCUGGGGCAUCAUUGUCUACGGCAGAUUCCUGCCCGGUGGACUCUCCUACUUCUAUGGCAUGGUUUUUAUUGCGAUGUGCUAUGUGCCAUUGGUGUGCUGCCUGGGAUGCACACUGUGGCGAAGGCGCCAGGCAUUGCGUGCGGGCGCCGCAAACCCAGCAGUGAGUGCGCUGCCACUGGUGGCUGUGCUGGCCCUCCAGUGCCUCUGGGCAGCCCUGUUUGUCCUUGCCUAUGGCUACCUGGCACUGAUCUUUGGCUUCCUGCUUGUCGGCGCACCCGUCGUCUCUGUCAUCAGCUGGCAGCGGGCGCGUACACUGCCCUACCACCGGCUCGAAAAGUUCGAGCGGUUUGUAGGCGGUGGCGCAGCCAGCAAUGGCGCGGCCAAUAGCAAAGCUGGUUCCAGCUGACAGCCGCCCGCUUCCAUUCCUUCUUCACCGUAGCUUCUUUUUCAAUCUUACCGGUUGUAAUAUCCUCUUCGUAAAAUGUCAUGUUGUGAUCUCUAGUCAUUUCUUAUUAGUUAGGCUGUGCAUCCCUGUACGUUUGAGCCAUUGGCGAAAGCUUAUGUUAACCCUUUGUUUACUGUAGGAAAUGACAAAGGUUUCACCGAAUUUACCAGAAAUGUGGUGUGCAGAUGGCUAUGUUUCUAGUGAAAGAAUUUAAGCAACCCAUAAUAAACACAGACUAUAUACAAUAGAGCUUACGUUGACAUGCGCUGUCCUCUAGUGUUGAGUACUGCAACUAAAAGCAAGCUGGGUAUAUACAGUCAUAAUGGCUUCACACUGUGAGUUAUAUUCCUCGUGAAAACUAUGCACGUCAUUGGUUAUAGUGGUGUAAAUUCUGAUGUCAGCUAUAACCAACAUCUAUAAUUGCUAGAGAAAGGGUUAAAGCAGCUGGUGUAAAUUGGGGUAAAUUGGUUUGCACUUGAAAAUGAUCUAUUGUAUCUUAGUGCUCUUAGACCAUUUUCAAGCUUCUGCCAAGACUUCACACAACAACAGAAGUGACAAGCAGAUGUGAUUCUAACAAGGUAUUCAAGAAAUCUUGAGAGUGUGCCAGGUUUCACAUGACAUUUUUCACAGCUGAGCAGAUUGAAGAGUUGUGGCUACGACUUUGUCUUGGGGCUUAACCAUGAACAGUACUUGGGUGUUGUGCCACACAGAAGUGCUACACUGGAAAGCUUUGGAGGCAGUGGUUCUAACUUGCUUCACAUGAUUUUUAGGCAAGAGAUGAACAAACUUGGAUGGCUAAAGUGAGUACGCUUUAACUUGGCAGGAGGGACAGACCUGCCCGAACUUGGAUGCAAGAGAUGCUGGUGGCCUUUAGAACUACUUGGCUUUUAGUUUAGUUGGUACUAGCUGAAGAAUGUAAUUACCAUUGGACUACAGUUAAACUUUGAUAUAACGAAUUUCAGUAUAACAUAAUUCUCGAUAUAAUGAAGUAUUACAUUUUUUAUUAGUUCUUGUCCGUGGAACAGCAUAUAUUUUGCAGGUCAAUAUAAUGAAGCAUGUUUAUACAUGAUUUCAAUAUAAUGAAAUUUCACUGCCACCGGGAAUGAAUACUGAGACAACAAAUGGAUACUUCUGUGGAUGCAGAUUAUCAAGUGGUUCAAUAACAUGUGGCUGCUUGCGAAUGCACUUUUCAAAUUGCCCGCCACGUGGCCAAGAGCAACCAUCGAAACAGAGCAGCAUCAUGUUUCGUAUAAAGUCCACAUGUGAUAAUAUCCUAUCGUGUCCUGUGUGCUGUAUGCUUUAGGUGCUAGUGAAAGCGUGCAAGGAUGCACCAAGAAGGGUAGUGGCUCGAUGAGCGCCAUCUUUCCAAGCAAGCAAAGGGAAAUAGGGGAAGGGAGCAAGCUCGCCAUAACAUGACCAAGCACGCACGAGGGUUGGAAGGAAGGGCACAGGGGGCAGGUUGGCAGACGUCUCCUUUGCUAGCGUGGCCGUGGCUGCGCAUAGCUGAGCACAUACGCAGCUCACGCGCCCUGCUUUAGAGGUAAUCUGCCGCUUGAGCAAAGACUGGACAAGCUUAGAUGGUGUGGCAUCAUGUGCUGUCUUUCUGCGCAUUUAGCACUGGAGGUUGCAUAAUCUUGAGUUCCAGAAACAUGUUGAAAAGAGACGCAGACGACGCAGUCACUUCCUGCUGCCAGCACUUUUCAUGAUAGCAUCGUCCCAUUGGGGGCAACACUAUUAGCCGCGAGGGUGGGAGUGGACGCAAAAGCAUAGCUGGCUUUGCUUUUUACCGCCAAUUUGAUAUUGUCGACAAGGCAUAAAACCAUAUGUUUCAUCGAAGACACUCAAAUUUAACAAAAUGAUUUUUCUCAUUCAAAUUUGCUUCUUUCAAUUUCCCGAUAAUUCAAAAAAAUUUUGGCGCCACUUCAUGUAAGAAAAAAAUCCAUCGGCUGCUCUACUUAUUUGCAUAAAAGAUAGAAUUUAAAUAUAAUAAAAUUCCUGUAUAAAGAAGCAAAUUGCCAAUUUUACUGACUUUGUUAGAUUGAGGUUUAACUGUAAUAGACACUAGAAUAAAGAUGAGGAAACACUGACGAUCCACUCAUGUCACCAUUGGUGUUUUACUGGCUGUUUGUUUUGGCUUGCGUUAUCUUGAUCGAACACAGGUCCUUAUAGCUGUACUAAAACACACUCGUCAAAUGAAAUAAAGUAGUGUUGGUUAUGGUGUUUUGGGGCCCUCAACGAUCCAAGGGAGCUGUAUGGGCUCUGAAAUAUCAGAAUCAAUAUUACAGUAGACUUCCGUUAAUUAAACUCUGGUUAAUUCGAUCCUGACCAACGGUCCCGGCCAGUGCCCAUGCAUUUCUAUGAGCCCAAACUUUCCUUAUUUAAAUCCUAAAAUUGGCCUUUGCCAGAUAAUUCGAAUCUGACCAUGAGCACACACAUGCCUGACCCCUGUGGUGACCCCAAUAGUGACCCCUCUAGUGGCAGUCUUGGUGGAGCUUAGGCGACAAUGAAUGCGUUGAACACAUCAUCUCCUGUCGAAAGUGCCUAUUCUUGGCCUGCCAUGGGAAGGUUUUCAAGCAAUAAUCGUAGGUCACAUUGUCUGAUAAAGACAUUUGCUUGACAUAUACCUGAUAUUUACCUCUGCGUGCCCUCAUAAAAAGGGGACACACUUUUGAUUCGUGUGCAUGUUAGAAUCGGGAAAAUACUGCCAAUUGAAUCGGCAGUGUGUUUUGUCUUUUUUUUUUUUCACCUUUUUUAAUUCAACCAGCUGCAUAAUUGAUCUAUUUCAUCGGUCCCAUGAGGGUCGAAAUAACGGAAGUCAACUGUAUCUUACAAUACUCAUGUGAGCCUUGAAACGCCAGAAUCACUUUUAUUUUUUAUUUUAUUUGGCAAGUAUGUUUAGUUCAGUUAUGGUCCUUUCUCGUCAGAUGGGUUUCCGUUGAAAAUGAGACUAUAGGUCUCUAUAGUAACCUUGCUAAACUACAAGUACACUUUUUCUCAAGGGAAAUACUUAGCUUUCAUGCACUUCUGAUGAAUGUUGAUUAAUGCAGUUACGAGGACACUUGUUAAAUCUCUGAUGUUAGUGUUUGAACCACUAUGGUAAUUCUAUUUUUUUAGAACUUGCUUUUGUUUUACAAGAGAAUUAAGACCUGCAUUUUACAAGAGAGUUCAGCAGCUUAAAGGGGUGUCCAUCCAACCUGACUUUGUGCUUUAAAGUAUUUUGUUCUACAUAUAAAAAAAAUGUUUUGAUGUACAUCCAGUUUGUUGAAUUUAUUAAACUAUUUCAUUCAGUAUUUGAUUAUCCUAAAUAUUUGCACAGCUUUUCCAUGAAUAAGCUGUCACAUUUAAAAUGACACCUGCUGACCUACCGCGGCGCCGUUUCCCCAUCCGCUUUCUUGGGUAUUCAUGUUUCCUAGUAGAAUCCUCGGAGUGUUAGCCAGUUCCACCACUCACAGACCUUGGUAGCAGAUGUUGCGGGAUCGUUCUCCACCUGUGGCAAGUUGUUUCUUCAUCCACUUUCAUUUCAAUUAAUUUAUCGUUGUAUUUCAUUUAUUAAGCACAAGUAAUUUCCCCUAUGUUGUCCUUGGUGUCAGUGUUUGUUGGCUUCUUAUAUGAUUAAUAAAUAUUGGGCCCCUUGGUUAACCCCCUUUCUUCUCGUUUACCUGCUGACCUGUAACAUUUACACCCUCCUCAAAUGCUACCAAGAGAGCUCAUGAGCUUCUCCUGAAUUUGUGGCGAAAAAGUGCAGCUCGGUGUGAUUCUCUGUAUAUCUAUUUUCAUUUACUGCACUGACUUUCCAGCUUAAUGCAUCCAUCUUGUGCUGUUAAAAUGAUCUCUAGGAAAGGAAACCACUAGUACAGGCUUUCCUGCACAAUUCACUAUAAACUGCUGCAAGUAUGUAUUUGUGUAAACUAAUUAAAGGGACACUAAGGAGAAACUCUAGAUUAGUUUAGACUGAUAAAGUACAUUUUGAGAAACAUGUUUUCAUCAAUCUUAUGGUAAGGGAUUGAUUACUAGCAGAGAAAACGAAGGGCAAACUUUCAGGCUCUGAAUUUUGCCCCCAGCACUAGUAUGUCGGUGGGACAUCACUGAUUUCACAUGUUUUAAGUUUUUUGUAUUUGGGUCUUUGUGGCCCACUAAGAGCUAUCGUACCUUGCCAAGUUCAGUCUUUGGCUCCUUUAGAAUACAAUUUGCCAUCUGUAAAAAAUUAUCUGUGCUCAAGCAGAUGUCAUCAAAAUUGAUGAGGCCACAGCAAGCAAGUAUGGAACUUUGAGGCAGUGUUACCACCCGUAUUUUGUUUUUUACAUCCUUUCCGACUUUCCAAUCCUCCUGCCGUAGUAAAAGCAGUUUUUUUUGCUAUUUUGGAGGGUAAGCUAAACAAGUGUCCCAAAGCAAUAGUAUAGAGCAGGACCAGGGUUAUGAUUCUAUAUUUAGUUGACCCGGCACUUAACUUGCUUAAUGUGCAAGAUCUAUUGAAUGUCGGGACUAACAACGGAUCAAGUUACUUUUCUUUCUAGUGUUUUUUUAGGUUAUGUGCACCUUAAAAAUGCCACCAGCACCUGACAUCUAUGUCGCUGUGCGUAACUGAAUCCACGAGUUCUAUGCUGAGAAAACAUGUAGGAAAUUGGAGAUAGUGCCUGUGUGCCCCUCAAGCACAGGAAUUGUGUGCAAUUUGCUCAUUUGUAUUAACUUUAUCCCCUUGGCUUUAAGCAUUCUUGUCAUUUCUUGCACUUUCUCGAGCUCAUUUUUCAUGGUUAACUUACUAUAUAGCAGCAAUUCGCCUCGCUUAUUAGUGUGUAAUUGCAAUUAUUCAUCCAUUUUCAAAAAUUAUAAGAAAAAUUGUUUUCAUUUUCAUAAGUUGCUUACCCGUUGGGUGUAUUGGUAGCCAUAUAUUAUACUAACUCUAUGACACAUUACUUCAAAAUUGUAUUAGUGGUUCACUAAAUAUUAUGCGAGAAAAUGGUUUGCUUUGGAUGUGAAGUGUUAAGUAUUAACUGGGUCUAGAGAUAUUGAGAGGCAAGUACAUAGUUCCAUGGUGGAUGAAUGAUAUCAGCACCAUAAUUUCCUCUAGUUGUCUUAGUUUUAAGGUCUAUAAAUAAGCAAUGUUCUAGUUGACCACAGCAGAAUCUAUAUGUCAGUCUUUCUCAAAAUUUUGCCACUGUUGCUGCUUUGCAAUGUUUGGUGCACCUUUCAGCAUAGUAUGAAAUGUUGUUGGUUAACUUUGGCCAUGCACUGAUGCUUACCAGUCCACAUUAAACUGGUACUGUAGUUUACAUUUGGUUUGACAUUGUACAUUGUACAUUGGUAUGACAUUACUUUUCUUACUUUUUUCUUUUUCUUUUUUACUGUCUGCCACACCUGUCAAGUCACAUUUUCAUUACGUCAAGUGUUUGUAUGCAUAUUGCAGAUCAAUAGAGUAUACAGACAACAGUUGAUAUUUCUGUUUACUAUUUAAUUAUAUGUUGAUGUACACUGGUAUCCGGUACCCUUGUGGCUUGUGCCAGUUAGUAGGCCAAAUUGGGUCCUGGGCACGGCCAUAGGUGUAGCACCAAAACGGGCUGCUGGGCCAGUUGGUACGUGAUCUUAGCUAAAAACUGAGCCUAAAAAUGAGACAAGACAAGGGAGACAAUUGGAGAGGCUAGCAGUACCCUUCCAGUUUUCUCUCUUGCCCUGUGUUGUUUUUGUGCUUGGUUUUUAGCUCUAAAUGGGUAUUGCCAAUUUGUACCUUUCUUACAGUAAAGGAAUGUUCAAAGAAUUAAGUGCUUGUAGCCAUGCAAAAGGAAUAGUACUAAAAUCUUCUCAAUUGUCUUGUGCUCAAAAGCAACAGAGCUGGACUGUAUGUGCUCUCUGUUUCACAAAAGAUGUGUCACUGAUCUUUGAAACAAUUGUGUGACGGUGAUCAUUUGCAAUCGAAAAGUUAAAGAUCUGUCAGGCCCUCUGAAGAGAGGAUUCCAUUAUUAAAAGAAUGAAAGUAAACCUUAUAUACAAGCUAUUUACAUGGCAAUCAGUUUGUCUUGAAGCUAAACCAUUUUACCUCUUUGAACAUAAGGUGCUUGAAAUUAACCCAGAGUCCCUCACUACGGCAUGCCUCAUAAUCAUAUUGGGGUUUUGGCUCAUACAACCUCGGGAUUAAAUUUUUUUAUUAUUUCUCUUCAUAGUAAAGGGCAGUAGUGAUCAAAACGAGCCAGGUGUCAUUGCCAGAUCCAUUAUUAGCUAAGCAGGCUUGAAUAUGCAACAUUCAAGCAUCAGAGAAAGAGGAAUGUUUAGUUGCACAGUCGAACCUCGUUAUAACAGUCACAUCCAACAUGAAAACACCAUCAUUAUUUCCAGUAUUCAUUAUACAUGUAUAUUCAUUACAUGUUAAUAUCAGCAAUAAAUGUUUUAGAUAUAUGCUUCUUAUAUCUGAUAAUUUGUUAUAUCUCUGUUCAUGGGGUGUACAAAUACUUAAGAUUUUGAAUACAGAUAGUAUACUUGUUGUUAUUCAAUUCCUAUUUAUUUGUGAAUUCAGUGUUCGAAGUUGUCAAAUAUUCAUUUAUUUUUGAGUAUAAGGGAUAAUACUUAUUUGAGUGUGCAGGGAGAAAACCAGCUGCUAGCUGAGGGCAGCAGUUCCUCCAGAGAAUGCACGGUGUUAUCUUCUGCUCAAUAAUUUGCACUCCUUCAGUAAGGAUGCCGUGUCUUUAAGCAGUCUAUGAAUUUAUAUUUUCAGACAAGGCUAUUUAUUAUUCGGUAAAAAUCUUGGUCACGUUUGCAAACAUUUAAAUAAAAUGUUGUGCAGUGCUGUAGUAAUACACUUGGCUCCGUCAACAUCUGGUGACAUGCUGUUAUGUUUCAUGACUGUCAUUGUCAUGGUGCACCAGAUGCAAUCUCCUGACCAAAACUGUCCAAAAUAGAUAUAUCUUCAGAUUUUACCUAUGCCCGAGUCGCACCUCUAACCUUGGAAAAUGAAAAAUGCUUUCUUCUUCCAAAUGAAGCUUAGAGAAUGGAAUAAAGGUAAGCACAAACUUCAAACGUUAUGGAAAGAAAGACAGAGUUCCAUCCCAUUUGAAGUUUGUGGUUUCCUUUAUUCCAUUCAGUAAUGAACCAACUAGCCCAGCAACGCAUUUUGUUAAAAUGAAGCUUAGUUUUGCGGUACUGAGACGUAGGCAGAGUUGUAUGUUGCGUGGAUAUGUUCUUAUUGGUGUUGUUCUUCUCAGCUUCCUCUACGUGCAUGCAAAACUCACUUUCCGAAAGCACACACAAAAUCUUUCAGUGAGAAAAUGAAAGUGCACUCUGUCUUGCAUGAAAUUUUAACAAAAAGGAAACUGGAUAUGGUACGUUAAGUCUUUGUGGUAGCCUCAGCCCUGAGAAAACUGUUUCCAGAUCAAUUCCUUGCAUCUUGUGUUAAGAUUACAUUUACAGAUGCAAGGUCUAUGCAACUGCCUCGUUAGAAGUUUUUAUUUUUAUUCCAUGGGUCUGCUAACCUUUCUCUUUACUCAAUGCAUUCAUAUUGUGUACAGGCCUGUGGGCUGUGCUUCUGCACAACUCUCUGUGACAGUGGAGGGAGAGCUACACGGCCAAAGCUUCUGCUCAAGUUACAGUGCAAUGCAGUCUGGCAGGAUUUGAUAGUGCUUCAGUUUCUUGGAAUAGAUACUGAAUCAGGGUAGAUUCCACAUCUGACAGCUUUGCAUUUGCCUAAAUGCUGAAGUGAAAAUGGGAAAAAGUGAAAAUAUUGAAUGGUGUAUUUUGUCUUAAAUUUAUUAUAAGAACUGUAGUAAAUAAGAUGUUUGUUUCCUGUUUCCCAGCUUAAACUAAUGUGAAUGAGAAUUUAAAAUUGUUUUUCAGCAGCACUCUUGUGUGCACUUUACCUCCGUAGCUUUCCCUCUGUUGCCACAGAAACUUGACUGUGAGUACGACCAUGUUGCAGCUUAGGCUUGCAUCCAUCUGUGAUGUUAGUCACCAGCAGAGUAGCAGUAUUAGUAUUGCAUGGUGCCUCACCUCAAUAAUAAAGAAAUGUUCUUGGUUGUGUA